AUGAUGGAUUUUACACCUGGUUUUGAUAGCAAAACUUUAUUUUUGAACUAAUGGAGCAUUGUAUCUGGAGAAUAUGAUUCAACAUAAUAUAAGGCUGAUUACUCUUGUAAGACUUCAACUUCAACAACCGCUGGCGUUCUUUCACCCUAUUAUGGAAUUUAUCCAUAAUAAUUCUAGGUUACUGCUUCGGCUUAGGAAUAACCUUAUUAAUUUACUUAUGCGGAUAUUCUUUAUUUUACAACUGCUAGUGAUUUAAUUGAUUUUAAUAUGGUUGAUUAGCCAAAUAAUGUCGCUAAAAAACUUUUAGGAAGUAUGGGUGAUAAAUAAAAUUAGUAAUGUGCAUAUUAAAUCAGUUGCAGUAAAAAUGCUACAUUGAAUGAUGUAGUUAAAUUUUCUUUAUCUUACAAUAACCAAUUUAUAAGUAAAAAUCCUGUAACAUCAUUUACGUAUCACAGAAAUCCUAUUAAUGAAGAUUGGUUUGGGUUGUUGAAAAUUGUGAUUUGGUCUAACUGUGUUGAAAAUUGCUUAACCUGUGAAGAUGCUAAUAACUGUAAGGUGUGCAUGAAAGGAUUCAAUCGAUACACUCUUUUAAACGGAGACAAAGUAUGUGAAGAAACUAGUGGUUGUAAAAUUACUAACUGUUUUUCAUGUAUAAAAAAUUCUGUCUUAAGUAUAAAUAAAUGUGUUAAAUGUAAUCCUGGCUACAGUUUAGAUCCUAAUGGCCAUUGUUAUGCUUAAAGUAACUGCUCAUCUAGUUAAUAUUAUUCUAGAGGUAUUAAAGUUUGUGUUGAUUACCAAUCAUUUUGCUUGAUGCAAGUUAGUGGUUAGUAUAAUUAAUGGUAAACAUGUACUUAGCCAGUUAGCACAUCAAUCAUCAAAUGUCCAAAAGAAAAAACUAUAUUAAUAUACGAAUUAAAAAAUUAUCAAGUAUUAACAUGUGACUGUAAAGUUGAUUAUUGUGAUGUUUGCUUAAAUCCUUAAACUUGUGAUUUAUGUAAGAGUGGUUAUUAAUUUAAUUCACAAAAAACUUUAUGUAUUUUCAAUUAAUGUCCUAAAGGAUUAAUUAAAGAUCCUAAUUCUGGUCUUUGUGUUUCUAAUUGCCCGGGAACUUUUUGUUUGACUUGUAAUAGCUCUAAUUGUCUUGAAUGCCUUACUGAUGGAAAUUAUUAUAUUGAUUUUAAAAAUCCUUAAAAUUGUCUUGUCUGUACGAUUCCUAAUUGCUAUAAUUGCUCAAAUGAUGGAAAAUGCUUAUUUUGUGUUCCUGGUUAUGCUUUAAGUACUGACAAAUUAUCUUGCACAUGUAAUGUUUAAAAUUGCAUAUUUUGCUAACAUAAUUCAUCUACUCUUUGUGGCUAAUGUGCACCAAAUUACUAUAAAAGUGAAGAUAGUACCAAAUGUUCAUGUUAUAUAGAUGGCUGUACGAAGUGCCAUUAAAAUGAUGGAUCAAAAUGUUUGACUUGUGCUAGUAAUUAUAUUUAAAAGAACGAUCUAUGUUAAUGUCAAGUUAAUAAUUGCAAAAUAUGCCACUAAAAAGAUGGACUUUAAUGCUUAGUAUGUAAUGAAGGGUUAACUUAAAACCCAUCAAAUAAUAUAUGUUAUUGCCCUAUAAAGAAUUGUAUUUCUUGUAGUAAUUAUACAGGUUCUGAUGGCUUAAACUGCAUAUGUAAUCAUCCAAAUUGCUAAAUUUGUGAUCCUAAUGAUGGUAGUAUAUGUCAUUAAUGUAAUUUAGGCUAUACUGUUGAUUCUGAUACAAAAUAAUGUAAGAGCACACUUAAAAAUUGCUUAAAAAAUUAGCUAGGUAGUACUAAUUAAUGUUAAAUUUGUCAAAAUAAUUAUUUACUUGAUAGUUCUCAAUAGUGCUAGUGUUAAGUUGAUAAUUGCUAAAUUUGUUCACCUAAUGAUGGAAAAUUUUGUGAUGUCUGUAAAAGUGGAUACUAUAAGAUUUUAAAUAUUUAAUGCUUAAUCUCUUUACUAAAUUGCUUAACAUUAAACGCUAGUGAUAUUACUAAAUGUUAAGUUUGCUAAAAAAACUAUCAGUUAGAUACCUCAUUCUAAUGUUAAUGUCAAGCUUAAAAUUGUAAAUCGUGUUCUUCUUCUGAUGGAAAUAUCUGUUUACAGUGUAGCUAAGGUUAUGUUUUAGAUAUAAUUACAAAUGAAUGUAAAAGUACAAUUUAACAUUGCUUACAAAAUAACCCUAGCAAUUUAAGUUAAUGUUAAAGUUGUUAGUUAAAUUAUAAACUUGAUAAUUCCUAUCAAUGCCAAUGCUAAGUAUAAAAUUGCUCAAUAUGCUCUCCAAAUGAUGGUAAUAUAUGCAACAAAUGCACUAAUAAUUAUUAAAAAAGCUCAAAUAAUUAAAACUGUAGCUGUAUUUCUUUAAAUUGUUAAAUAUGUGAUUUGCUUGAUGGCUAGCUAUGUUAAAAAUGUAAUUCUGGAUACAUUCUAGAUCCUACUACUAAAAAGUGCUUCAAAUAAAUAUAAAACUGUCAAACUUAUUAUCCUCUCAAUUAUUCAAAUUGUUAAUAGUGUAUAAAUAAUUUUACAUUAGACUCAACUACAAAAUAAUGCCUAUGUAGUGUAUAAAAUUGUUAAAUAUGCUCUCCAAAUGAUGGUAAAAUAUGCAACAAAUGCACUAAUAACUAUUUAUUGAGCUCAAAUAAUUAAGACUGUAGUUGUAUUUCUUUAAAUUGUUAAAUAUGUGAUUAACUUGAUGGCUAGCUAUGUUAAAAAUGUAAUUCUGGAUACAUUCUAGAUCCUACUACUAAAAAGUGCUUCAAAUAAAUAUAAAACUGUCAAACUUAUAAUCCUCUCGACUAUUUAAAUUGUUAAUAGUGUAUAAAUAAUUUUAUUUUAGACUAAACUACAAAUUAAUGUUUAUGCAGCGUACAAAAUUGUUAAAUUUGCUCUGCAAAUGGAUAGAUAUGUAAAACAUGUAUUAAAAAUUAUAUGGGUCCAUAGUGCUUAUGCUAAGUAUAAAAUUGUAGCAUAUGUUCUAAAUAAGAUGGUAAUAUUUGUGAUACUUGUAAUUAAGGGUUUUAAUGGAAUAAUUUAACAAAAAAAUGUGAUGCAAUACCUAAAUGCUUAGUUUAAAAUUGUGAUUAAUGCUAAUUAAAUAAUUCUAACUCAUGUUCUUAAUGCUCAGAUGGAUAUUUAAUUAUAAUUAAUUCCUAGAAAAAUACCAAUCCAAUCAAUAUAUGUUAAAAAAUAAAUGCUUGUAUGGUUCAUGGAUGUUAAACAUGCUCUCAAACUGAUAAUAAUGUGUGUUUAAAAUGGAAACUAUGUCAAUCAAUUGAUUCAAAUUAUUUUUAUGUUAUUUAUAAAGUUACUGAUACUGGAUAUAAUAUAACCAUUUCUUUUUAAGAAAAUUUAGUUAACUUCAAUAUGACUAACUAUGAGUAAAUAUUAAGGAUAGAAAUAACUGGAAUUUAAAAUUAUACUUAUCAAGUGACAAGUGUGUUAAGCAAUAAAAUAUAUCUUAGCAUUAAAGUUGAUUAAAACUGUAAAAAUUAAAAACUAGAAGUGAAAUUACAUGAUCCUAAUUUUGUUUAAAUAAAUAAUAUUUAAAACAGUUUCAAGGAAGUUUAAUUGAGUAGCUAUGUAAUUUAAAACUAAAAUUAAUAAGAGUAAGCAUAGGCAGCAAAGAGUGCUAGUCAAAGCAUGUAAAGUACAUUACUAUAUUCGAUGCUAUCAAUAGCAAUGAUUGGAAACUUUUAUGUACUUUUUAACACUAUCGAUCUCACCACUUUUAUAUAUUUUUUGAUGUUUGUAAAUGUCAGAUAUCCUUCUAAUGUAACUGCAUUUUGCUCUAUUUUUCAAAAUUUCCAAAUGGCUUUCAUCCCUAAUGUCUUUUAAGCAUAUCUUAUUGAUCCGGACUACAUUUAGCCCUACACUCCAGGCAAAUUUAUGGAUUAUGGAAACGAUGCAUACCUUUUAAAUAGUUCGGGCUAGAGUUAUACAAUAGUUUUUGGCAUUUUAGCAAUUUACAUAUUUAUAAAAUUACUCAGCUUUAUAAAAAUACCUGGAUUUUAGUUGUAUCUAUAAAAGAAAAUUGAAAGCGGUUGGGAAUAUAAUGCUUUCUUUGAUCUUAUCUGGAGUGUCUAUAUGUAUAUAGUUGUAGGAGUUUUCUUGCAAUUUUACAAAUUUGAGUUCACAGAGUCUCUAUCUUUCUUAAAUUAUACCCUUUUUUCUAUGUCUUUUAUAGCAAUUUUUUUCAUCCCAAUAAUGAUUGCAAUAUUUAUUUCUAAGACACCUAACUUAAAUGACCCAAGAAUUCAAAAGUAAUUUUCAUCUAUAGUAGGAGGAUUAAAAGUUUGUGGUGACUCGGAAGUAAAAUAGCAAAUAUUACCAUCAAUAGAAAACAAGAUUGGUUCUUAAUGUAAUAUAAAUUAAGAUUAAAUUAACAAAAAGUCUAAUUAUUCUGAAAUAGUCAGUUCUUUAAAAAUAAAUAGUUUGAAAAUAUAAGAAAUGGCUUGA